CUGUAUUAAAAUACAAUACAACGAGUCUCUGUAUUUUUCAUCACAACAAAGUGGUUUAAUAAGAAAGAAAGAAAGAAACAAAGAAAGACAGACAGAAAGAAAGAUCCGUACUGUUAACAUGUGCUGGAGGUACAGUAAGUAGGUUAUUAAUCAAUGGGUAAAACUAUGAGGAAGAGAAACAUACAUUCACUGUGGACACGUGACAAUAGCGAUACAGUUAUAAAUGUCAGGAUUAUUUGGUAUAGGAAGAUCCUCGUGGAAGUCGCCCGUUUCUACACACAGCACCUUAAUAACGUCUCAUCACUGCGAUUAAGUUUUGUCCUUUUGUCUCCGUGAAUGGUGACGCACCGAUUACAUUCACCCUCAGGAAAGAUGGUUUGGUUUAUGGAAGGAAUGUGCUUAUUACCUACUUUCCUGGUCAUUUGGUCAUCGAGCACGUUCAUAGUUUCUUAUAUUAUCGCACUGUUACGACGAGAUGUUGAUGUUAUCCUUCCUUAUAUAAGUGAUACAGGGGCCACUCCUCCUGAGAGCUGUGUGUUUGGAUUCAUGUCUACAAUCACUGCCUUUACAGCCUUUGCCACCAUGUAUGCUGAAUAUAAGUUUGUCAAGCGAUUACAUGAGAGAACAGGUAGCGUGUCCCCUCAUUUGAACAAGGCUUCUUUUGGUGUUGGCGUCAUCUCAUGUGUCGGCAUGUGUUUUGUGGCUACAUUUCAGGAGACAACAGUGAUGGCAGUCCAUGACUUUGGGGCUGCAAUGUUCUUUGUCUUUGGGGUCACGUACACUGUCCUUCAGAGUGUGAUAUCAUACCGUUCUCAUCCUUAUGGAUCUUCAAAGUGCAUUUGUCAUUUCCGCGCAUUCCUUUCUGUAUUGGCCUUUCUGGCAGUAUUUCCCACCAUUUUCUGUGCAGUUACUGUCGGAACAAGCAAACUUCAUUGGAACAGUGGUGAUAAGGAUUACACACUUCAUAUUGUAAGUGCUGCGUGCGAAUGGAUCACUACCUUCAGUUUCGUUUUCUUCUUCUUAACGUACAUCCAAGAGUUCCAGCAAUUCACUCUGAGAGUGACCGUUAAUUUAAUGGAGUAUUCAUGACCAACAUCAUACUGUGUUAAAGAAUGAAUUAUGUUCUACUGAUUUGGUGCAUUUUUUAACAGAAUUAUAUUUUUAUACAACUUAUUACCUUUUCAAACUUUGAAAGGUCUGACAGUGUACCUUGUAAUCAUUUGUGGUGUAUAUUUUUGAAGUUUGUACUUUAAUCAGUCUAUUUUUAGAGAUUAAUUCAUGGUUUUGUAAAGAGGCGUAAAACGUGAACUUGAAAUGUAAUAUACUGUACUCUGACCAUUUAAGGGCAAGAAAUUUAGAAAGCUGCUUGAUAAUUAUUUUAAUUUUAUAAAAGCAUUUAAUAAUCGAUCAAGACAAAAAAAUAAUAUUGAGGAAAUUUAAAAUGUGCCUCACAUAUAUGUUUGCAUUUAUUGCUGUACUACAGUGUAAACCAAUCUGCACAGUUUUUUUUAUCAUGUUCUGUUGAUGAUUUUUGUUUUGUCCUGUAAUUAUUCCAAAAAUGUAGUGAAGCUGAGAGUGAACCACGGGUGUGUUUUACCCUCCCACUUUAUUCAGUGCAAUCUGAAUGUAUGUCAGUUGCUUUCAGUGUGCUCUGAUUUUGUAAUUGUGAAAUAAAAGCACAUGAUGAUGAUGAUGUCAAAUUUGAACAGUGUAAUAGACACAAGUGAGAGGACUGGUGAUUGCUUUCAUUGAUUGGAACUGUGGUGUAUGUUUAAAGGACAUUUUUCGGGUUCAACACAAGUUAAAGGUGCACUCAGUAACUUUUUGUUCGUUUCAUCUUGGACUUACAGUGACACCUAGUGGUGUGGAUGCAGCAUCAUUCAAAAUCAAAAGUUUUCAGUUACAGAUACCAUUAUAGAAAUUCAAUAUUCACAAUCAGCCAUGAUUAAUUCAAUUCAAGAGUGAAAGUGUCCAAUAACAAGACUGUUACUGAGAUUAAGCGAGUGGUAUUCAGCUGGUCAUGUGAUUCUAAAAUGGCAGCCUCCAUGAGGGCGCCCCUGCCCCAUGUAUAAUAAAACAGCUUUUAUAAGGUUA